AUGAGCUUUCCGAUCCGAGCUACGUGCUCCAUCUCUCCGAAGGGAAAACCGUGUGGCGGCGGAGAGGAGCAGGCUCCCGGCUGCACCGGUGUCGUCACUUUUGUGCAGUUAUGGAAAUUAUCUUUGACUUUUAGACUUAGAGAGACCAUGAAGAGUUUGAAUUUUAUGGGACAGGUCACCCUGUGGACGGCGAAUCAAUUUUCUAUGCUAUCCUAUGAGACUACACAUGAAACAGUUAGAGCCCCACUGGUGAGGUUCCAAUGGUUCACCAGAGGUUCUGAAUAGUUGGCGUAAUCGUGCUCUAAUACCUGAAUCCGAGGACAAAUGCGUGAUUACAUGUUACGGCACCUGCCUCCCACGUAAUGUGCUUGCGCUUCAGCCUCACGGUUGAGAGAAAGCCAAUUCAAAAAAAAUACUAGUAUCUAUUUGAUGGAAUCUGGAGGAAAAAAACGCAUUUCUUCUUGUGUCAUGUCUAGGAUGGAAUCUGGAAAAAGGCGCAUUUCUUCUUGGUGGAAUCCGGAAAAAAGUGCGUUUUUUCCUAUCGCCCAGAAGAACAUGGACGGAGCUGCCAUGGAUACAGAAGGUAGGAGCUGCAAUUAUUGGGUGAGAGCUCUCAAAGGUCUGCGUCUGGAAGCUUAUCUACUCUCGUCUUUCUAAUAGUCGGAUCUCAAGUUAAGACCAGUUUUCGAAAGUACAAAUAAGACCAGUAUCUCAUCAUCUGUAGUAUUUCCAAGAUCAAGGUAGAAGUGGGACUAUACUUGCUCUCCAUCCACCCCACUUCAACCUUAUGAUCUUCCACAGGUCUUUCUCUUCCUAACAUAGCUACGAGCAAUAAAGGAACCUCUUCCACCACUUGCCUCGAAGAUAUCCUCCACCUUAUGAAAUGAUCUUCCUCAUAAUCCUCUCUAAUCCUUGGAUGCGGAAAAGCAGGACUUCACGGAUUCCAUAUUCACGAAAAAGCAGACUUUUCGAAUGGAUGCAUGUCAGCUGGACCUCAUUGGAAUCCUCAUGGUACUCCCAACUCGAAAGAGAAAGAGAAUACAGCAGCUGUGAAUAAACCCACGGUCGUGGUGCAAAUCUUGUUUGUGUUUUUAUAAACAAGAUUUUUACUGUCAUUCUCCAACCAACCAACCAACUAGAGCUACUACAUCAUACUAGUACUAGAACCAACCAACCAACCAACCAACCAACCAACCAACCAACCAACUAGUGCUCGCAAUUACUUUUACUUACGAUUAUAGGCAAAAACCACGGCGCACCUUCGGAUGAAGAUCGCCACGCUGGUGAUAUGGGAAACAUCACUGUUGACGAGAACGGCGAAUCGAAAGGCUCCUUGACGGAUCAUCUGAUCAAUUAAGGCAAUACGAAUACUUCUUUUGACACCCAAACAAUCUCGUUCCAUCAUCGUAGAUGUAGAUGUAGAUCGAAAACAAAAUCCAACUCGAUGUAGUCGAUGAGGUCCAAUUGUUGAUGUUGUUAAAUACAAGAACAUAAUCAAACCCACCCCUCUCCUCCCUCCCUCCCUCCCUCCCUCCAAGGCUAAGCCUCUAACCCGAAAUCUUCGGUGAGUUCACAGUCGUUGGUCGCAGCGUUAUGGUCCACGCUGACGAGGAUGACCUGGGCAAGGGAGAUCAUAGUGAGCCUGGAACCAAUGGAAAGACCUCGUUGACUAUUAAGGCUAGUUUGUCACUAUCCCACGUGGAGCAUCGUCUCCGCUGAGUGCGUCGAGUUCCUUUUGAUAGAAGGGGGAAACUAAGGGGAACGGAAACCAACGGGACAUCUCACGCGACCAGGGAUAGUGAAAAACCAUUGCUAAGACUACCGGAAACGCAGGUGCGCGCAUCGGCUGCGGCGAGAUCAUAUUGUGCUAAGCUACAUGUACUGCGCUAAAUACAUCAACAUCUAACAAGUAAGUACAUGCAAUUCUAUACAGGAGUAGGUGGACGUGGAGGACUAGACUGUGUUGUUGUACAACUAGGUGACUUAUGUACUAGAUUUGGCUUUUUUUGGAGUAAAAGUAACCAUUUUCAUUCCAUGCUAAAACCUCAAAAAACAUGUUUAACGUCAAUAAAUAAGACAAUCCCCAUCAACUCAACUUCAGGAUGCAAAGCAAGAUAUAAUCGGGCGCAAAUUGGAGGUGGGCGUACCGUUGCCGUUUUUCACCUUGGCGCGAGUUGUGAUGAAAAUGGACUACAUUUGAUGAUGAAAUUGAAGAACCUUUUCAUUCAUUUACUUCGCAAACGGAAACGUCGCAUACUGAGCUGCAUCCAUAUACUUUUUUUUGAUGGUUUACGUACUUAUCUAGUUGCACAGCCAAGCCUCAGGAAGAAUUCGGAGGCUAUAGAUCAUCGAGGAGUUAGGGGUAUUUUCUUGUAAAUAAUAUUCAAAGCUCUCUCACUUAUCUUUUUUGGGCAGCAACAUCUACAUCUAACUAUCAAAAAGGUCAUUGCAUCGCUACCAAAUCGCUCAUCAGUAUCAAAUCUUUCAUCGUGUAAUGACUUGUAGACUUUACAUCGCUAGUACUAGCUCCAACGGAGUCUGGCCAACCUUUCACGACCACAACAUUGAAGAUGCGUUGUUUCAUCACACCGAUGAACAGAGGAGACCUACUCACUAAUACUGUAAUACUAAAGAGCAGGACUACUUUAGUGGGAAUUACGACUUCAACAGCAACGCUGUGCCAGUACAACUAGUUCUGCAGAUACAUGAUAACGGCUGGGACAU